UCCGUUGCAUCACCAUUUCCAUUCUUUGCACAAACUUCACCUAUAUAUAUACCACCACAUUCUCCUUCCGUGGCUUGUACCAUCAGAAAUCCAGCUUCAUUCUUUCCAAAAAGGAAAAAUGGCUAUGGCUAGCACCACCUUAUCCUCACCACCCUUAACCAUUAUUCUCUUCCUUCUCCUCUUGGGUGUUUUUGCUGAAGCUCGUGAUCCGUUUGCUUGCGAUCCAAAAGAUGCAACGACUCCAAACUUGCCGUUUUGCAAGGUUUCGAUGCCGAUAUCGGUUAGAGUGAAAGACCUUCUAGGAAGGUUGACAUUGCAGGAAAAGGUUAGGCUGCUGGUAAACAAUGCUGCAGCUGUUCCACGGCUCGGGAUCAAAGGGUACGAAUGGUGGUCCGAGGCUCUUCAUGGCGUCUCCAAUGUGGGCCCGGGAACCAAGUUCGGUAGGGCCUUCCCUGCGGCCACUAGCUUCCCUCAAGUAAUCACAACCGCUGCUUCUUUCAAUGCCACAUUAUGGGAAGCCAUCGGACGGGUUGUGUCGGACGAGGCAAGAGCGAUGUACAACGGAGGCAUGGCUGGGCUCACAUACUGGAGCCCGAAUGUCAACAUUUUCAGAGACCCACGGUGGGGCCGUGGACAGGAGACUCCAGGUGAAGAUCCAGUGUUGGCCGGUACGUAUGCGGCCAGCUACGUGAAGGGCUUACAGGGAAAUAACGGUGACCGGUUAAAGGUGGCGGCUUGCUGCAAGCACUUCACUGCCUACGACCUCGAUAACUGGAAUGGAGUUGAUAGGUUCCACUUUAAUGCCAAGGUAAGCAAGCAGGACAUUGAGGAUACAUUCGACGUACCGUUCAAAAUGUGUGUAAAGGACGGCAAUGUGGCCAGUGUUAUGUGCUCUUACAAUCAGGUGAAUGGUGUCCCCACCUGCGCCGACCCUAAUCUCCUAAAGAAGACCGUACGGGGUCAAUGGAAACUCAACGGGUACAUUGUUUCAGAUUGUGAUUCAGUUGGGGUCUUCUAUAAUACCCAACAUUACACAUCAACACCUGAACAAGCAGCUGCAGAUGCCAUCAAAGCAGGUUUGGACUUGGACUGUGGACCAUUCUUGGCGCAACACAGUGAAGAUGCAGUAAAAAGAGGCUUGUUGAAUGAGGCUGACGUUAAUACAGCCCUGUCAAAUACGCUUGCAGUCCAGAUGAGACUUGGCAUGUUUGACGGUGAGCCAUCUGCACAAGCAUUUGGGAACUUAGGGCCAAAAGAUGUGUGCACCCCAGCUCACCAAGAGCUCGCCCUUGAAGCUGCAAGACAAGGCAUUGUUCUGCUUAAAAAUCACGGCCCUUCAUUGCCUUUAUCCCAUCUCCGUCAUCGCACCGUCGCUGUCAUUGGGCCUAACUCCAAUGCCACUGUUACCAUGAUUGGGAACUAUGCUGGCGUUGCAUGUAGAUACACAUCUCCUUUGCAAGGAAUAGGAAAUUACGCGAAGACAAUCCACCAACUCGGAUGUGCAGACGUAGCUUGCGCAGAUGACAAGUUAUUUAGUGGGGCAAUUGAUGCUGCCCGUAAAGCAGAUGCAACGGUUCUCGUAAUGGGGCUUGACCAAUCAAUUGAAGCAGAAUCCAGAGACAGGACAGGGUUGCUUUUGCCCGGGCGCCAACAGGAUCUUGUUUCCAAAGUAGCCAUGGCUUCUAGGGGUUCAACCAUACUAGUUUUGAUGUCCGGUGGGCCAAUCGACGUGUCUUUCGCUAAGAAUGACCCACGAAUUGGUGCAAUUUUGUGGGCCGGCUACCCGGGCCAAGCCGGAGGAGCCGCCAUAGCUGAUGUAUUAUACGGAACAACCAAUCCAGAGGGCAAGCUGCCAAUGACAUGGUACCCACAAGAAUAUGUCUCGAAUUUGCCAAUGACAGACAUGGCCAUGCGUUCAAGGCCGAUUAAAAAUUACCCUGGAAGAACUUACAGGUUCUACAAAGGUCCAUUAGUGUACCCAUUCGGCCAUGGACUGAGUUACACCAACUUUGUUCAUACGAUAGCUAGUGCACCCAAAGUUGUCACGGUCCCUCUAGAUGGCCGCCAUCAUUCAGGAAACACAACCGUUUCAGGCAAGGCAAUUAAAGUCAAUCAUGCAAAAUGCAACAAGCUCACCAUAGGUCUUCAAGUAGACGUAAAAAAUACGGGGUCCAAGGACGGGACUCACACAAUGCUCGUAUUUUCGACGACACCUGCAGGGCAUUGGGCUCCGCAGAAGCAGCUGGUGGCCUUUGCGAAAGUGCGUGUUCCAGCUGGGGCUCAACAACGAAUUGGAAUCAACAUCCAUGUGUGCAAGUUUUUAAGUGUUGUGGACGGGUCCGGGGUUCGAAGAAUUCCGAUUGGUGUACACAAUCUCCACAUUGGUAACGUUAAGCAUUCCGUAUCCCUUCAGGCUGCAACUUUAGGGGUGAUCAAAUCCUAGGUUUUUCCAGGAGAAAGGGGAAUGCCAGUCUGCCAUUUCUAAACAAUGGCAAAUUCAAUCCUUUGUUAAUUUGCAAGUGUUAAAAUUUCUUCCAUUAUAGUUGAAUGAUAAUGUCAGUCCACAGCAAAGAAAAGAAAGGUGAAAAAAAAAAUUCCUAAAGCAUUAGGAUUAUUUCAUAGAAAAGAAGAAGCUUACCUAAUUUUGUGAAGGGAGAACUUGUCUCAAUUUAGUUGUAAAAGGAAGAAGCACACACCCAAUCUGGGUUAUUCAUUGUUUGUACUAUUAAAUUUCA